CAAUUUUAAAUUUUUAAUGAAACAGCCCUCAAAUUUUAGUGGUCUCAAUUUGUUCAAGAAUUCCCAAUUCUACGCAAGAAAAUUCACUAUCUUUGCACUACGAAUCUGUAAUUUACCAGUUCCUUUCUUCUUUUCACUAAACCCUAGGUAUGGAUACUCGCUCAUCGCACUUAACGGCUCCCGGCCGUUCACGGAGCUCGCAGUCUAUAUCACCGUCGCAUUCCGCCUCUGCCUCCGCUACGUCGUCAAUCCACAAGCGGAAGUUGGCGUCGGAUGACCACGCUCCGCCAUUCCCGUCGUCGUUAUCCGACACGCGCGAUGGUGCGCUGACCUCGAAUGACGAUUUAGAGAGCAUCAGCGCGCGCGCGCGGUGCGGAAACGGAAGUAGUUCUUCUCAAUACAUAAUUCUCCAGAAAUAUGAUGCAUGCAAAUCACAAAUAUCUGCUUUCCAUGACAUGUCACACACUUUUAAUCUUCUCAUUUUCUUAUUUUGUUCCAUCUGGUGUAGAAACCAUAAAUCCGUGAUGGUAAUCAGACGUAAUCAGGUUGUUGGUGGGAUUACUUACCGGCCUUAUGUCAGCCAAAAAUUUGGGGAGAUAGCAUUUUGUGCAAUUAUGGCUGAUGAACAAGUUAAGGGCUAUGGAACCCGGCUGAUGAAUCAUCUAAAACAGCAUGCACGUGAUGUGGAUGGUCUAACACAUUUUCUCACAUAUGCUGACAACAAUGCUGUUGGUUACUUUGUCAAGCAGGGAUUUACAAAAGAAAUUUUCUUGGACAAAGAACGGUGGCAUGGCUAUAUUAAAGAUUAUGAUGGAGGAAUCCUGAUGGAAUGUAAAAUUGAUCCAAAACUUCCAUAUACUGAUUUAUCAACUAUGAUUCGCUGCCAAAGGCAGGCAAUUGAUGAAAAGAUUAAGGAGCUCUCAAAUUGUCACAUUGUCUACCCUGGAAUUGAUUUUCAGAAGAAAGAAGCUGGUGUUCCCAAACUAUCCAUCAAGGUCGACGAUAUACCUGGCUUGAGAGAGGCAGGAUGGACCCCUGAACAAUAUGGUCAUUCUCGGUUUAAAACAACAAAUCCAUCAUUAGAUGGUGCCUCAAAUCAGAAAUCAUUGACUGCAUUCAUGCGCUCACUCCUGAAGGCAAUGCAUGACCACCCAGAUGCUUGGCCAUUCAAGGAACCAGUUGAUGCGAGAGAUGUGCCUGAUUACUAUGUCAUCAUCAAAGAUCCAAUUGAUUUGAAAACAAUGUCACGGCGAGUGGAGUCGGAGCAGUACUAUGUGACUUUUGAGAUGUUUGUGGCAGAUGUCAGGAGAAUGUUUUCUAAUGCAAAGACCUACAACUCCCCGGACACUAUUUACUAUAAAUGUGCAACUAGGGUAGAUGCACAUUUCUCAAGCAAAGUUCAAGCCGGUCUCCAAUCUGGCAUCAAGAUUCAGCCAUAAUCACUUGGUGCUUCCAUGGAGAAUUUCAAGAAUCCUAAACUCGUGGCACGUUUCUUGUGCCUCGUGUAUUGCUAAAUUUAUAUUGGUUUAGGUGCAAGGAAACAAUAUGGGAAAACAGUCGAGGAAAUGGGUUAUCUGUCUUCGGUAGUUUGUUAGUUGCAGAAUAUUGGAUAAGUUGUAGUGAUUCGACGGCAUGGGGGGAGGAGUGUUGAAUAUCUGUGUGGUAAUCUUGCUAGUUCUAUAGAUGGUGCCAUUAGCUUAUUUAAGCGAGAUUGUACUAGUUUGGAUGCAAACUCUCGAAUGAUAGAAGUAGAUGAGAGAAAAAUCUUAUGGCAAAUCGAAAAUCGGUUGUGUUUCCAGGAAUAAAAAAGGUAUUGGAUUUAGAAAAAUAUAUUUUAAUAAAUUCAAUAAUCCA